AAUGGCCAGUAUGGACAUUGAACAAAUAAUUACACUUGGCUUAGCUCUUCUACUUGCUGUCAAAUACAUCUUUUUUGAACAAACAGAGAUGGAAUCCACACUUUCAUUGAAGAAUCCAAUAAUCUCUCCAAUAAUGAUUCAGAAAAAAGUUCCUGAAAAUUGCUGCAGAAAACAGUCUAUUCCUUUAAAAAAUACUCCCAGUUUAAGAAAAAUGGGUGAUACUCAAGUUGCCAAAGAUGAAAAAGAUGAGACUGUAAAGCCUCUCCAGUCAGAAUCGCCUGCCAAGGCCAUAUUUGUGGUUGGUGAUAGUUCUGCUGAAGCAUCCUUCAUCAAUAACAGAAAAGA